AUGCAUUUACUACCACGGGAACUCCACGACGAGGAUAUCUUCAUCCAAAUGGUCUCUACGCCUCAGCCAGCAGCUCACGCUGGAGACCCCUUGGACGAUGUAUUCGGGUCCGAUUCCGGAUCUCCCGUCUUCGCUGCACACCGCGGAUUGGAGAGCAGAGAAUCUCACCCGUCAGACGUCCGGCGUCUCGAGACCGAACAUGCCACUGCAGGGUACCGCGAGGGCAUCACUGCAGCCAAAGCCACAAGCAUCCAGGCCGGCUUCGACGAAGGCUUCAGCCUUGGCGCAACUAUCGGCCUGAAAGCUGGGCAGCUGCUUGGGUAUCUUGAAGGGAUCGCUGGUGCCCUGCGAGCCGCUGGCGGCGAAGACUUCCAACACGCAUCGCUUCAAUUACAGAAUGCGCGCAGAGAGCUAAGCACCGACAUGAUUUUCACCGAGCAGUAUUGGAACUCAGACGGUACGUGGAAGUAUGAGAUUGAGGGACUCGACAAUGGGAGCGGCGGUGAUAUCGUCUUCGAGGACGUGGCGAGUGGGCAUCCUGUGAUUUCCAAAUGGGCUGAGGUUGUGAAACGAGAAGAGGACCGAUGGGUUCUCAAUGGGGAAGUCUUGGAU